CAAAAUAACAUACUAAAUCGAUCCCAACCAAAAAUUUGAUAAUAGGUAUGUUGGCACUGGACGUGCACUUACACCUAAAUAUUCAAUAAAAGACAAAAGCAAGGCAUGGGAUGCAGUGAGAGAAGAAUAAGUUAUAUUUCUAUCCAAAUCACCGGUUUGAGGGAGGUGAAAACUUUAAAAUCCCUCUACGAUGGAUUGGAGAUGAAGGCCAGGAAGGAAAAAACUGAAGAAAGGUUAGCAAUAUACAAGACAGGUGGUGGGGUGCCAUCUUCGUCGAUGACACCACUAUCGAACAAAAUAGUGGGGCAGCUGGAGUCACAUUUUGAACCACUGUCCAAUCCAUAUGACAGCAGCAGCUCUUUUUUUGAUGAACCAGUGAUGGUCAUUCCUGCAACAGAGGAGGUGGAGGAGGUAGUAGAGGUGGAGAAGGCAGAGGAGGUGAAGGAGGUAGUAGAGGUGGAGAAUAAAGAAAUACCAACGCCAACAAGGCCUUCAAAAAAAGCAAUAACGGAAAGCCCUAUCAAAAAUAUGGAGAAAACAAGGAAGAGAAAAUUUGAGGCUCUAUUAAAAGAACAGUACUACGCAAAGGAGCAUGAUAAAAAAAUGAUCAUAUUAGCAAAGGAGGAGCGGGCUGCUGAUUUGAAAAUUCAUUGCGUAGAACCGUAA